CGACAUUGAAGAGACAUCAGCGCCUGUUGUGUUGAUCGCGCCAGUGCAAUUGGAGUUUUCGUAAUAAAAUGUAGAGUGCGGAUUAAAUGCCGAUGUCACGUUUUCGCAACUGAAAUUUGUCAUUGAAAUAAAGUUAAAGGAAAUUCGACUGUUUAAUGUUUGCUUAAAUGUGCGGCGUAGCUGUUCAGUGUUUGGUGCUCUAAUUUCGAUUUUCCCCAGCCCAAGAAUCCCCAACAACAUCGAUAAGAUAAGCGCUCCAACUGUAUAGAGCUAGACCAAGAGCUAGCGCAAGCGCGUUGUGCGUUCUACGAAAAUCAAAACAAACUCGAAGCAGAUAUGUCUCGCAAGCGAUCAUUCUUCCUGCUUCUAAUCGCACUGCUCGGUGCUGAAUACAGCUCGGCAGUCGAAUGUCCUGCAUCCUGCAAGUGCACUUGGGUCGUCGAUAGCUUGUAUGCGGACUGCUCACGUCGUGGUCUCAGCAUUUAUCCCAGCUUUGGCACUGCGCCCGUCGAGCACUUGGAUUUGUCGGGCAACAAAUUCACAGAAUUUCCACGACAAUAUGCGGAUAUGACCUCACUGCUGUACCUCGAUUUGUCGGAUAAUUUCAUAGACACUCUAUCGGAGGAUUCACUCAUUGGAUUCUCCUUACUGCGCACUUUGCUGCUGGCCAACAACACGAUCAACAGCUGGACAGCGAUUAGCGCAAACGAGGCAUUCAAGUAUGCCACAAAUCUGAAGCGUCUCAGUUUGCGGGGCAAUCGCUUGGGCAGCUUUGGUGGCCCGGACUACAGUCAACAGAUCAACAGUCUAUCGCUCACGGAGCUGGACAUUUCCGCGGCGCACAUCAGCCUGGUGGAUGGCGACAUUGCCGUCAAUCAGUUGCCCAAUCUAGAACGUCUUUCGCUGGCCAACAAUCAGCGCAUGCAAUUGUCGCGUUUGCCCUCGAGAAGCAUUCGAAUGCUUGAUCUCAGCAACUGCAGUCUGCAGGGACUUGGCGCCGCCUUCCUCGAGGCGUUGCCCAAUUUGGAGGCACUAAAUCUAUCGCGUAACACGGCGUUGCAAUUUGGUGCCAGCGACAUUGCGCCCAUUGUGGCCAAGGAGCUACGUAUACUUGAUCUCUCCUACUGCAACCUGGAUGAGAUUGAUUUGAGUGGCUUGCCCGUGCUCUCCGAGCUGCGGCUGCGGGGCAAUCUGUUGCGCGCUAUUGGAGUCGACACCUUUGCCAAUAACACCAUAUUGGAGGUUUUGGAUCUGUCCGAGAAUCUGCUGCGUUCAAUUGAAAACGAAGCUUUCGGUACACUGAAGCGACUCAAGCAACUCAAUUUGGCUUUCAAUGAAAUUGCGUAUCUGAAUCGCAAUUUGAUACGCGGCAAUGAUGUGCUCACCGAGCUCAACCUGAGUCGAAAUAUCAUAAAGAAGCUGACGAGGAUUGUCAGCAACUCGGUGCGUCACAUCAACAUGAGUUGGUGUGAAAUAUCCGAGAUUGAGAGCACCGCAUUUUCCAGUUUGUCGGUGAUACAAAAAGUAGAUUUGUCGAAUAAUUUCAUUGCUGAGCUGCCCAAUCAAAUGCACUCGGAAACACUGUGGUAUCUGAAUCUGGCCAAUUGCAGAAUAUCAACAAUACGCAACAGCACUUUUAGCGGUUUCCCAGAGCUUGCUGAUCUCCAUUUAAAUGGCAAUCGUUUGACUAACCCGAUACCGCCUUCCUUCUUCCGUGCCAAUAAGUUUCUCGAUCAAAUCCGACUGGGCGACAAUCCUUGGAUCUGCGAAUGUCAAGAUCCCUUGUUCGUCGAGUUCUAUGACUUUCUCACAGCGAAGCCAACAAAACUUAAGGAUCGCUAUCAUCUGCGUUGUGGCUCGCCGCCUGGUUAUGAGGGCAAACAGUGGGAUUAUGCCUGCCUCACCGAGUGGACAGUCAGCGCACGGAGCAGCAAGGGCGAGAAGGUCUGGUCCACCGUUAUGCUCAGCAUUCUAGGCUUGGGUAUUGCAGCACUUUGCUACGGUUGCUGCCAGAGAUUGGUGCGCAAACGAAAGGAGCACAACAAUCGCAGGGAAUACGAGGAAAAUCACGACGAACUGCGUCGCAUACGAGAUCUCAAUGAUCGCAUGAUGCGAGAAGAAUCCAGCGCAACGCUGCAACCGACACCAGAAGUGAGUCUUCUGCCCUCAUAUGAGGAUGCACUUCUCAUGCCCAAGAUGGAGCGACCCGUCAAGUCCAUGCUGGACUUGAGCAUCACGGACCGAGCGCGCAAAUAUCUGCGUCGCUCACAAACGCAGCAGGAUGGCGAACAAUCUGCCGGAGAGGAGGAGCUGCAGCUGGACAACCGGCAGAGAUUCCGCAGCGUGGAGAUGCUUUCGAAUCGUGAUAAGGAGAGGACCGCGCAGUAUGGACCCUAUAGACGCACUGGUCGCAUGGAGUACAACAAUCAGUCGGGUAGUCGACGCUUUAGCAUUGAAGAUUCACGUUUUCCCGCCGCGCAUUUUAAGACCCAAAAUAUGCAAAGCGCAGAACAGAUUGGCAACUUCCAGAGCUACGAGAAUAGUCCGUAUACGAAGCGUAAGCCAAAGAUUGCCGAGAUACCGCCAUUUAAACGCGUCAACAUGAUGGCCGACAGUGUUGAGUUCCUGACCGAUCCGGAGUACGAGGACUUGGGCAGUAAACCUGGCAGUCCAUUUGCGAAGCGCAAACCAAAGUCACCCAUGAAUAUGCAGGUCAGUGCUCAAGUGUACACAAUGCAACAGCAGCCACGAGCUGUGCCACUCGCGCCGGCUAUCGAAGACUACUUCAAGAAGGCGCCAUCCUCGUCGACCAUUGCCAGCGACUUUCAGGAGGUGAACGAACCAGAUCUCGCCUCUCUGCCGGAGAGUGUCUCCACUUCGGGCGCCGAGCAUGAUGUGGAGCAAGGGAAACGGAAGAAGCGCAAGAACUCGGCCAGUCGACGGGUCAGUGGAAAUUUCAGUGCGGCUGCCGCAGCGGCCGAUGAGUCUUCGUCGAGUGAGGGAGAGCGGCUGGUUCAAGUACAUAAACCCAUGCGUGAAACAUUAUUUUAAGCCAAACAAACGACAAUAUUCUAUUUUAUAAUUUUCUUUCAUUUGUUACACUAAUCCAUACUGUUGUACAUAACAUUUAAGACUUAUUUAAAAAUGAUUCAUGUAACACACACGGCGUUUGUUUGUUCGAAUUAGGGAUGGUCUCACUAUUUUUGCCACCACUGUAUUGUUCGUUUAGCCGAGACACGAAUCAAGCCCAGACACAUUUCGUUCAUCGGCAAAUGUUUUAGCGCAGACACAAACCUCAGUGUGGUAAGUUUUUUGGACUAUGGUGUAUUUAGUUUUGUAUUUAGUGCUAAAAACUUUGAAGUUGGUUGCUAAGAAAAAAAGCUCAUCAUUUUAUCGAAACUAUUUGUUUUUAUUGUUGUCGUUUUUUGGUUUUUAUUGAUAGGCUUAUAUUGAAUUGAAGAGUCAUUCACACAAAGAGUAACACAAUAUAAUUUCACAAGAGAAAAGCGCUUAAGUAUUAUACAUUACGGAUUCAUAUAAAAUUCACAUAUGUAUGUAAGUAAAGAUGUGUACAUCACAUGUACAUCAGAUGCAGUUAAAGAUCAUUGUUCAGAUGGUUAGUAUGCAUCAGAACGUAGAAGAGGAAUAGUUUCGCAAAGUGUUGAUCCCUUUUUUGUAAUUCGCG